AUGGCGCUAGCAUUCCACAGCCGCCAGAUCUGCCGCGCAGAGCCGUCGGGCGACCAGCAGGAGCCGCCGCCCGCCGCCGCCGCCGCCACCGAGGACCCGCCGCCGCCGACGGCGCCCAGCGAGGACGACAACCUGCGGCUGCCCCGCGAGGUCAUCCAGCGCCUCCGAGACACCGUCUUCUCCUUUGAUUCGUUCUUCGUAACUUCCGUUGAGAACUACAAUGCGGAUGGUGUGCUGUUCCGGGGCAACCUGCGCGGCGAGCCCGCCGCCGCCUACAGCAAGCUCUCGGCACGGCUCAAGGACGAGCUGGGGGAGCAGUACAAGAUCUAUCUUCUUGACAGCCCAGAGGAGAAGCCGGUGGCGGUGGUGCUGCCGGUGAGCGCGGUGCAGCCGCAGGGGUCGUCGCUAGCGGAGACGGGCCUGGCGCUGCUGCUGGGCGCCUGCACGCUGGCCACCACCCUCAACAUCAACGGCGCCGAGCUGUUCAAUGCGGCGCUGCUGACGGUGGGAUGGGACCCGGAGCUGGUCGCCUUGGCGGUGCCGGGCACCCUCGCCUUCCUGGCCAUCCUGGCCACACACGAGGCGGGCCACUGGGUGGCGGCACGGCAGCGUGGCCUGCAGCUGGCGCCGCCGCUGUUCAUCCCCGCGGGGCUGGGCCUGCUGGGCGGCUUCGGGUCCAUCACCCGCAUCAAGUCCUUCGUCCCAGACCGCACCUCGCUGGCCGCGGUGGCGGCGGCGGGGCCGCUGGCCAGCUCAGCUCUGGCGGCGGCCAUCAUGGUGGCUGGCGCGGUGCUGACCGUGCAGCAGGUGGGAGGCGUGGAGCUGGACGUUGCGAGCUUCAGGGAGUCGCUGCUGGCAGGCACCAUGGGCAAGGCCAUGUUUGGCGACCGCCUGUUCCAGUCUGACGCCGUGUCCACCAACCCGCUGUUUGUGGCGGGCUGGGCGGGCCUCAUCAUCAACGCCAUCAACAUGCUGCCCGCGGGGGAGCUGGAUGGCGGCAGGGUGUUCCACGGGCUGUGCGGGCGGCGGGCGGCGGCGCGCCUGGGCUCCAUCACGCUGCUGCUGCUGGGCCUGGGCGGCUUCAACAACUCCCUGGCGCUCUUCUGGCUCAUACUGGUGGUCACGCUGCAGCGGGGCCCCAUCCCUCCCUGCGACAACGAGCUGAGUCCCAUCCAGGAGCCGGGCACCAAGGCGGCCGCCAUCGCGGCGCUCUUGCUGCCGCUGCUGGUGCUGCUGCCCUACCCCAUGCCGCUGUCGUUCACGGGCGGCCUGCCUGACCUGCCGCCCACCUUCUGA